AGAGGAAGGGGGUUUGCUGCUGGUAAAGAUAAACAGCCGAGGAGCCUCUGAGCCACAUGAACAUGGCGGCUCCAGCCCUGGACACCGCUGUCGCUCCGUCCCGCUGACCGUCUCCUCACCCGACAACACCUCAGACUCUCCCCCCUCCAACUCCCAGGGUUUGACGGCGAGUUUCUGCAGCUAGACAGCGAAACCUGGAAUCUGUUGUAAAUUGUGCCGCUUCAUCCUUAAAAGUAGCGUUAAUUCGGCCAAACACCAUGACGAUGUCGCAAAGUGACUUUUUGUGGAUGUUUACCCACGAUGCUUUGCAUAUGAGGUGCUGAUAUUUGCUGAAGAUGAGUAGUGAGGGGGGGGACACCCCGGAGCCCCCCAGAGCAGGGGUGGCGGCUCUGAAGAGGAAGGACUGUCAGUCGGAGCUGCUGGGGCCCAGCCCCAAGAGGAGCACCGAGAGGAGAAACCGGGAGCAGGAGAACAAGUACAUCGAGGAGCUGGCGGAGCUGAUCUUUGCCAACAUCAACGACAUGGACGACCUCAACGUGAAGCCGGACAAAUGUGCCAUCCUCAAAGAGACGGUGAAGCAGAUCAGGCAGAUCAAGGAGCAAGAAAAAGCUCCCGUGGCCGACGCUGAAGAGGUGCAGAAGGCAGACGUCUCGUCUACGGGGCAGGCCGUCAUUGAUAAGGACGCUCUCGGGCCCAUGAUGCUGGAGGCCCUGGACGGCUUCUUCUUCGUCGUCAACAUGGAGGGCAACAUAGUGUUCGUGUCGGAGAACGUCAGCCAGUAUCUGCGCUACCAGCAGGAGGAGCUGAUGAACACCAGCGUCUACAGCGUGCUGCACGUCGGCGACCACGCGGAGUUCAUCAAGAACCUGCUGCCUAAAAGCCUCGUCAAUCAUCACAGCAGCGAUUCGUCCAACAGGAACAGCCACACCUUCAACUGCCGCAUGUUGGUCAACCCUCACACCCCCGACGGCGAAGCCCGGCCGGCCUACGACCAGCAGGACGCGGCGCCGCAGAAGUACGAGACCAUGCAGUGUUUCGCCGUCUCCGAACCCAAGUCCAUCAAGGAAGAAGGGGAAGAUUUCCAGUCCUGCCUCAUCUGCGUGGCGAGACGAGUCCCCGUCAAGGAGAGGCCUGCGAUGCCCUCGUACGAGAGCUUCUCCACGCGGCAAGACCUUCAAGGUAAGAUCACGUCGCUCGACACCAGCCUGCUGCGGGCGUCCAUGAAGCCCGGCUGGGAGGACCUGGUCCGACGCUGCAUCCAGAAGUUUCACCUGCAGAGCGACGGGGAGAUGUCCUUCGCCAAGAAACACCACCAAGACGUGUUGAGGAAUGGCCACGCCCUCAGCCCCCUCUACCGGUUCUCCCUGGCCGACGGCACCGUCGUCUCGGCUCACACUAAGAGCAAACUGGUCCGAUCUCCAGCCACCAACGAACCGCAGCUGUACCUGUCCCUGCACAUCCUGCAGAGGGAGAGCGGCGUAACUGGAGACAAGGCAGUGACCCCGAACAGCGUGAGCGGGCCCUUCCCUUCUCCCGAUGCCAGUGUCACCAGCAACACCCACCACUCCACAGCCGCCUCCAGCACCCCUGGACGUGGUUUUGGGGCCGUAGCGGGACGGGCGCCCACCCCUCAGGGAAACUGCCACGCACAAGGAAGUCCCAGCGUCACCUCAGGGGCCCAGGGCGCCAUGUUGUCUCCUCGUCAUCGCCAGAGUCCCAGCAUGGCGGCCACCAGCAGCAGCAGCUGUAGUAGCCCUCAUCUCCCCCAGCAUCCGCCUGGAUCUUUCUCCCCCGCGGGCAGCUUGCACUCGCCGGUCUGCAGCAGCACGGGGAGCAGCCAAGGGUUCAACUCUCUCAGUGCACUGCAGGCUCUCAGCCAGGGCCACAGGAUUUCCCAGGGACUCGCCGAGGGGCAGCAUCCAGACUCACCUGACAGAAAACCAGUAGCUCUGCAGAGCCCCCUUCACAGCGGCAACGCUGGUAGCCAACUAGCCAAGAAUAAUUCCGGCUUAGAGGCUGAUUUAUUUGGAACAUUUGAGGAGCAGCAAGACUUGCUGUCAUCCCAGAACCAAGAGGGUGAACAGAGGGAGGGGAAGGACGGUGACCAUGACAGCUUUGAUGCUAAUGGAGGUUUGGGGGACCUUGGGGACGCCCCAAACCGACUUCUGAACACCAAAGGCCACACCAAGCUACUCCAGCUCCUCACCACCAAGUCAGAACCGUCUGAUCCCUGCUCACCGCCGGGGCUCCUGGGGGAAGAUCAGGCCUGCAAGGACCAGCUGGGCGGCGGCAUAGGUGGGGCAGGACACAACAACCACUCCACCUCGUUGAAGGAGAAACACAAAAUUCUCCACAGGUUGCUGCAGAACAGCACCUCACCCGUGGAGCUGGCCAAGCUGACGGCCGAAGCCACCGGAAAGGACCCCAUCGGUCCAGAGUCGGCCUCGGGGGACAGCAUGGCCGCUCUGAGCGAACUCUGCACUAAACAGGAGCCGGGAAGCCCCAAGAAAAAGGACAAUGCGUUGCUUCGUUAUCUUCUGGACAGGGAUGAUAACGGCAUCCUGGAUAAAGCCAUUAAGAUGGAACCCGGAGAGGGGCUGAAACUGUCCAACAUAAAGACGGAGAAACAGGACCCUGGAUAUAAUAUGGCAGACCAGACCAGUGAGCUGGAGGACCUGCUGGAGGAUCUGCAGAGUGGCAGCCAGCAGCAGCAGCAGCAGCAGCAGCAGCAGCAGAUGUUUCCCAGUCAGCCACCAGUCAGGGGUAAGGCCUCUUCCUCUUCGUCCUCUUCUUCCUCUGGACCACCUGGCUCCUCUGUGGACAAACAAACCAUCAUCGGUGACAUCCUGCAGAUGACUAACAGCAGCGGCAGCCCCCCCAGCCAGCACAGAGCCUUUCCUCCCAUCAGCCCUGCAGGCUUUAAUGGUGCCAGGCCCGGCCAGUCGGGUCAAGGUGCUCCUCCAAUCAGGAGCUUGUCUCUGGAAAACAGUAUGGGCCCCAGCCCCACCAGGCCUUUCCCCCCUCAGCACAGAAACAAUGGACCCUACUCCUUAAUGCAGCAGCAGCAGCAGCAGCAGCAACACCAAGGCAUGAUGGGAGCCCACACAGGCAUGGUCAACCAGGCUGCCAUGACUAAUACAGGCAUGCGAGGCCCCAUGCAGCAAGGUUGGGGUGGUCAGGGACCCAUGGGCGCUGCAGGGCCGAUGAUGGGCCAGGGUGUUGGACCUGGUCGCAUGGUCCCCAACAUGAACUCUAUACACCCCACAAGAGGCCCACCUGGGUCCAAAGCCAUGGUCAACAUGCAGAUGAUGGGCAGCGACAUGGAGAUGGCAGCCCCUCCCUACCCUCAGCAACAAGCUCCACCCAAUCAGACUGCUCCAUGGCCAGACCGAAUGAUGAUGGAUCAUUAUGGAAACCAAAGCAGGCCACCGUACGGCGCUCCCCAGGAGGAUGGCAUGGGGUGUUGCGGCAACGGGCACGAAGGGCAGUCGGAUGAAGGGGCGCUGCUGAACCAGCUGUGCUCGGUCCUGAAGGACUAUGAGGGUCUGGAGGAAAUCGACAAGAUGCUGGGAAUCCCCACGCUGGCCGGACAGGGUCCUUUGUCAGACCAAGACCAGUACAUGGGCUCCUCAGAUCCCGUAGCCAGCAUGAAGCCGCCCCUCUAUAGUCAACACUACGGCGGCCAGCCGGGCUACGGCGGCAUGCCUCCCGAUGGCAGGUACCACGGCCCCUCUAUGGGCGGCCACAUGGGGCCACAAAGGAUGCCACCGACGGGCUACCCCCCGAUGGUGAGGAUGCCUGGAGGCGCUGGACCAAGGCCAACUGGCAUGAGACCAGGGGGGCCCAAUCCCAUAGCGCCCUCCCAGCCCAACAACCUGAGGCUCCAGCUGCAGCACAGACUCCAGGCACAGCUGAACCGUCAGCCAAUGGUGAACCAGAUGGGUGGAGUGUCCAAUAUGAAUCUACCUCUAAGGUCUAAUGUACCAAACCAGGGAAGCCACAGCGCUCAGAUGCUGGUCCAGCCUCACCGCGAGUACCUCAACAACCACCUACGUCAGCGCCAGCAGCAGCAGCAGCAGCAGCAGCAGCAGCAGCAACACGUGCAUCAGCAGCGUGCCAUGAUGAUGCGGGCUCAGGGCAUCAGCAUGCCGCCCAACAUGCCCAGCGGGGGCGCCGCUCCCACCCCAGUGCCUAUGGGUGGCACGAACCCACGGCUCCCCCAGGGCAACCCGCAGCAGUUCCCCUACCCGGCCUCCAGCUACGGUACAGGCCUGCCCUCUCCUCCUCCACCUCCUCCUCCUCAUCCCGGCUCCUCCAGCCCCUUCUCCUCCCCUCUCUCCCCCAGCCAUCAUCUGGCUAACCAGGGCAUGAUGGGAAACGUGGGCGGGCAGUACAGCGGGGUAAUGAGUCCGCCAUCACACCACAGUGCCUUCCAGUUCAGCAGCUCAGGGAUGAGCCAGCAGCAACACCACCAGGAUCCAGUGUCAUGGGGGGCCGCCACCCCUCAGAGCCCUCUACUGUCCCCCAGGAUGGGGCAGGGUCAGAGCCCCAUGAUGCAGCAGAACCAGAGCCAACACCAAACCCAACCCCAGGGUCCGAACCAGGGAGGACCUCCCAGCUACCAGCCUAGUGCCAACCUCAACGGGUGGCCACAUCCUGCCAACGUCUCCACCAGCAACAGUGUGUAUCCCCAACAAUCCCAGUCUCAGUACUCCACACAACCAAAUGGAGGAAUGUACAAUGGCAACAACAUGAGCCUGGGCGUUGCCAUGGCCAACAAUGGUGGCAACAUGAACCCAAUGUCGGGGCAGAUGGGCUCCAUGACCUCAAUUAAUACAGAGCAGGUGAGUGACAGCAGCUUGAUCCUGGAGCAACUUGCAGGAAUUGACAUGUUGACGCAAGAGGGUGAAGCUAAUUCUAAUUUUUGCUGACCCCGGCUGCGUUUUAGUCAAGUCGGCUGAACUCAGCUCACGAGGGAAGUUAUGAAGGAGCUGAGGGGAAAACACUGCCCUUCUAUCACACCAGCCAACUCAGAGUCACCAUAAAGAAAGAAAGAGAAAGAGGACGACGACCACCACCACCACCACCACCAAGACAAGUACAAACCUUCUGAAAUGCACUCAGAGUGGUUUAGUCUCUGUUUUGCAUUUCAUGCAAAAAAACAAACAAACAAACAAACAGAAAUUACAGGGAAACUGCCAUCUGAACCAUCCUGACAGCAGAGUCACAGUAAGAGUUUAGGGUGAGUUUUUCUCUGUAGCUUACAAUAAGCUUUCAACCUUAGUAAUGAAUCAACACGUGUUAUAUUUAUCUGUAUAUUGUAUUCUUUAAACAAUCAAGUGAAGGCUGUCGCAGGAUUAAUGCUCUGCUAAAAAGGGUUUCUUUAAAAACCAAACGUAGGAUUGAUGAAGGAAAUUGUGAAGUAGUUUUAAGACAAGAGGCUCAAAUAUAGUCAAGAGGCUGCAUAAAGCACCAAAUGUACUUUGUUUCAGAUCUCUCUGCGUACACGGACGCUCUCACACUCACAGUGUUUGCUGUUAGAAUGUGCUUCGUUCAGAUGAAUGUAUUCCUGACGUUUUCCCACUGAAAACAUCCAGCUGUGAUCCUCUGAAGUCUCUUAGGCGGUGGAUUCGUGAUAGAGUUUUUUUUUUUUUUUUUUUUUUUUUAAUUAUUAUUAUUUCUAUUUGUGAGUGUGUGAAACUGAAACUAACGUCACAGCUCGACGCUGGAGAGGCGAACGGUCGACGAGCUUAAACGGAACCUCUGGAUUUCUAUCUUUUUACGGUUCUGUUUAAGAGCCUGGACGAGGAGGACAAAAGAGAGAGUUUAUGGAAAACAAAAUAUUUUAGUUAUUUAUAGUUUUGAAGACUUUUUAGAGAUUCUUUGUAUGACAUGAAAAAAAAUCAAGAAUAUCUAUCUUUAAGAAAAAUCUCUCGAAAUGGUACACGUGGAUGUCGAUUUAAAAAAAUUAAUAUAUUUCAACUGCUGUAGUUUCAGGGGCCCGUGUCCCUAUUUAAUGACUUUUUGAAUGAAGGUGGAUAUGAUGUAUAGAUAGUGUAUAUAGAUUUUUAAUACCCCUUUCUUCCCCUAUGUGAUAUUUUAAAGCAGCAGGUUGGUGUUCAAGAAACAUUUGUCAGAGGGCAGAAAUAUGUCAUUGGUUAAAUGAAUCAUCAGUAACAUGGCGCUAAAGUUGGAUUCAAAAUGUAAACAAAAAUGUUCACGUAUCCAUUGUCUACCUUCGCUAGUUUACAGGCUAGCUAGCCGGUUUUCCAAGUUAGAAAUUGACAACACAGUUACGAACUAAUAAAGAUUAUAUUUGUUUUCUUAGCUUUUAGCUCUUAUUCUGUAGCUAGUGAUGCUUUUUGUUUCAGACUGAAAAAUGCAUUCAGGUGUAAUGUUGACAGCUUUUAGCAAAGGUUAGCACCAAAUGUUGGCAUGCUAACAUACUAAAACAGAUUUUUGUGGUUGUAACAUGUUGUGUACACAAAAUGCUUGGCGUUCACAUGGUUUAACAUCAGCCACACCUAGCAGAGAAGCUAAUGUUUCGCCCUCGGCUAAGCUCAUGAGCUCAUGAUUGUGGUGCAUAAUUUUAGGGAAUUUAUUUUGCCUGCUGACAUUUUUCCAGUGACAUUUAUUUCUGCCUCCAAAGCAGCUUUGCCUCUUAAAACAACAACAACAACAAAAAAAACGUGUUCAUCCAAUAAAACUCAAUGCUACUGCCGCUUAUUUUAAAAAUGACUCUUCAAAACUGAGAUGCACUGACCUGCAGGAGGCGCUCCUGCUUUACAGUGAGUCUCAAUGAAGCUGUCAUGCUGAAGGACUACUCGUGUUGUUUGCUGUGAUGGCUCUUUCUUUCGGUGUCGCCGAUCUAUUGAAAGACGAACGUCUCUACAUGCUCUUUGUACUUUUUUUUUUUUCUUUCUUUAGCAUUUCAUGCUAAAAUGACAUUUCCACAAACGGCAUGUGUCCCAGAACCUUUACAGUUCCUUAUCCAGACUGGAGCAUUUGGUAAUGGUCUCAUAAAAUGCUUUUGAAAGGUGCUGUUCACUAGGUGCUGUCUCAUACUUAAUAAGCUUAUAAUUGGGAACAAAACUGUAAACUGGCAACGUGUAUUUUUGGAAAAAUCUCUUAAACUCACACUGUAAAACGUGGAUGUAUGAUGAGGAGAAUGUGAAAAUGCCGACUGAGUGCGAAAUGAAAACACUGAAAAUAGCCUUUAGCGUUUGUUGCCACUUUAUCCCCCCCCUCCCCUGUCACUACAGUGUAUUAUACUCCGGUGUGAGAAUGUUAUAAAAAAUCCCAAAGAUGCUAACCUCUGAGAGAAAAGCCAUGAAAAUCUUCUGAAUGUCAAACUCUCUGCAGGAUCGCGGCGCUCACACGCUCCUAUAAUGAAAGCGAAUGAUUUCUCUUGAUUUUUCUUGCAUAUUGAAGCUUUGUCUUGAUUUAUACGUGUGCUUUAUGUCAACUGCGAAACACUGUAAUUCAUACCUUAAGAUGCUAAAGACAUAGUCUUAUGCCUUAGAUCUGUCUGUAGCAGUCUGCUGUGUAACUGUAAGACUUACAGGUGUGUUACUGCUGUCCAUAGACUGUAUGUAAAUAUGGACGACAUGCCCCUAUAGCAUUUCUAUAGCAUCAAGUAACUAACUAAAAUGAGACUUAUCCAAAAAAUUGACACUUGCAUAUGCACCAACAUUACAUCAACUACCUAAAAUGACAGAAACCAUCCUUAAAAAACAAUUUGACAUUUAUUUUAGUGUUUUAGUUUGGCCCAAUUCCCAUCCACUAACAUUGAGGAGGUGGAGCUUAUGACCUACACUGCAGCCUCCAGCCACCAGGGGGAGCUCUACUUGCUUUGGCUUCACUUUAGAGGAGCUUUUUUCGGCCGUCCAUCUUCAUCCUGUCUAUGCAGCUGUCACGAACUGAUGGGUGAGCGAAUUAGUGUGUUAGACGGCCAGCGUUUUUUAGAAUUUCCUCCCGCAAAGAGUUGUAUUUACAAAAUAAUAUAUGGAAGCCCACUGAUGCCAAAAUGAUGCAUGAACAAAAAAAUCAACCCAAAACCUGAAAUAAAAGCUUAGUAUGAGCAAUAUAGCAGAUUAUAUUGAAAAGGUUUAGAAGGUCUCACAUUAUUUUAAGAAAGAUUUCACAUUAAUUCUGAGAUUCUGAUAAUUUAAAGAAAUUUGACAAACUAAGUUAUUGUAUUGUUUAUGUUUAUUGUAUUAUUAGAAAUUAUAAUUAAUUAUUUUAAGAGUUUUAAACAGUUUUAAGAGACAAACUCAUUAUUUUGAAAUUCUUAUUUUGUGCUUUUGAGAAGCUUUCCCCAUUAUUUUGAAAAAAGUUAGAGUUUCUUGUUGUUUCUGACACAGCUCCACAUUAAUUCAGUGAAGCUAGGGCCAUUAUUUUAAUAUUGUAAUUCAUUCUUCAAGGAGUUUGUCAUGAUUUUGAUAUAAUUUCAUAUGAUUCUGAUAAAUGAAGUCAUUAUUAUGAAAAAAACAUAGAUUUUUAAAAUUGUAUUAAUUAUUAUUAUUAUGCGAUUAUGAUUCAUUAUUUUUGAGAGAAUUUGUCAUCAUUUGGAGAAAAAUUAACUUUAUUUCACAAUUCUAAUAAAUUCUUCUAUGAAUGUUUCUCUUAAGUUUGAGAAACCAAUUCAUCAUUUUGAAAAACUUUUUUUUUUUUUUUUUUUUUUUUUGGCGUAAAUGGGCUUCCAUCCACCUCACCUAAUUUAUCACAUCCUAUUGAACAGAUGCAAGUCGGUUCCAUGUCAAUACCAAAUCUAAUCUUACUUUGAGUAAUAUAAACAUGUAAAAUAUUUCUUCAGCUCCUUUUAUACCCUACAGAAAAGCCAAAGUUGGUGGUGCUUUAGUUCAGUUAGGAAAUGUUCUAACUCUGCACAGCGGCUGUAAUGUUGUAGAAAAGAGACUUAUUGACCCUUUAAGAAGAUUUCUGCCAGGAUGAGCCCCCUUUAAGAUAAAUCUUUGUAAUAGUCAUAAAAACAGUAAGUACUGUGGUAAAUCAGUGUAACGACUCACAGCAGAAGGAGAGUGGAGGCUGUUUGAGAUUAAAGAGAUUUAUUUAUUUUUUUUUUUUAAUUUCAUUUGAAAUUUCCUCUCUGCUGUGAUGUUCAUAUUAAACAUCUCCGCGGUAUAUAUACAGUUUUAUUCAGAGUGUGGGUGCUUUAUUAUUAUUAUUAUUAUUAUUAUUAUUAUUAUUAUUAUGCAGAAGUCCGGACGUUCACACACACACAGACACACACACACUUUUAUGCAAGCUGUCGACUCUAAUGUUGCUUUUGCCAAUGCUGCUUGUUAAUUUAUGAUUCAUGCCACUGUAAAUAAACUAUUUUUAUUGA